UAAUUUGGGAUCAGCGCGACAUCAGCUCCUUAGUCUCACAACCUUAGAAUGUGUGUACAACGUACAGGAGGCUUUGUACUUGUCAGACUGAUUCUUCCUUGGAUAAAAAUUGUUAUCUUGUCUAAAAAGUAGCAAUGUUGAAUCAAACCCAGCAGUUCUUUGGGCCCACGUAUUGUCAGCAAUACAGGAAGCUUUAGAGGAAAGCAAAAAUUCUUAAUGCAUCUGUUCAUCUGUACAGUGCUGAUACCUGAAGUUAAUUAGGAACAUUUCUUUCCAGGCUAGAUGCAGAAUGGCAGGGCCUCAGAGGGGCAGCCACACUAAAUAUAAUUUGUAAUUAUCAUUCCUGAGUAUAUUAUUACACAGCUGCUGUUGCUGCCUUGACUUGGUAAAAGGUGUCUCCUCUUCAGUCAUGGGGUGGACAAGUUGUCCUGAAAAAGCUGGUUAUCUCUAUCACCUUAGGGUUGUUAUGCACUUGCAGUGUUACAUUGUGGUGGCUGUACUUGGGUAAUUCCCACUUCUGAAUUAACAUUGGUAUGAAUUUGCUUUUUUAUGUUAAUGAACACCAGUGAGUGAUUAGGUACAGGCUGCAGUGAUUUUGCUGCUGUAACAUGCACACAUUAGUCAUCCAGAUGGCCUAGUGCUUUCUGAAAGUACAGCAAGAGACAAUCUGUGCCCUUGAAGCAGCUGCUCUACAGGGCCACCAAGGCUACGAGCUAUUGCCCUGUCAUGCAGACAUGCCUUUAGUCCUGGAUUGUCAUGGUGUCAUGGUUUGUGGGAGCUGAAAUGGUAACUCACAGCCUGCUCUGUGCUACAAGUGUGGUGAAGAUCUGCUUCAGGACUCUCCAGAACCUGCCACAGCCUAAUGCACCUUCAGGUAGAGACUCAUGUGGCUACAGAGACCAUUCCAGAAACCCCCUGACAUCUUGGUGAGCUCAUCCUGCUGCAAGCUGGGCUCAGCCUGCAUUCACAGAAGGGGCACAGAGAUGUUAAAAUGGAGCAUCACCUGGGCCAUUGCUAGACUUGCAAGAGACAUCAAAGCCUCCACUGGGAGGGCACUGGGAAGUGGUCAGAAAGCAGCACAAAAAUCUGCUGAGUCACUUUCUAUUUAAAAGAUUUCAAAUCCUUGCAGAUGAGUCUGUCAAAGGAAGUGGCACACUUUACGAACUCACAGAAAAAUAACAUGGUUCCUGGGUUUUGCUUCUGCUGAUUGUUUUUGAGCCGCCUCAUCAUUGGAGUUGAGACCAUAAUAUGAGGGAUCAUCUUGUGAUUUCUAGCUUUUCAAUAGGGCUGGAGCACUCACCUGGCUGGGGGACAAAAUCACCAAGAAAGAAGAACCGGUUCUCUAAAUCACUACCUCUCACAAUAGUUGCUGUGGUCCAUAACAGGGGAAAUGCUAAGAGAGAGAGUAAAAGCUUUGUCCAUAGAAAUUCUCAUCAAUGUGUUGAAAAUGAGAUCUGUUGUUAUGGAUUCCCUAAAGAAGUGUCUGGGUUUCCCAGCCAGCAUCCAAACUCAGUGCAAAAUCCCAUCCAUUCAGGCCAGCCCUUUUUACAGUGCCUUACUCUGUUUCGAGUCUUGCAUCUUUUCUGCAUUCUUAGCAUUGCUCUCCUUAGAGAGGGAAUGGUAGCUUUUGCUCCAUAACUCUUAUGAAAGCAUGAAUACACUUUAAGCAAACAAAAUCAAAAAUCAGCAUAAAGCAGCGUCUUGUUUGGGAAGCCAUCAAUGCUUGAAGUUAUUUACAAGAUAGAAGAGUGAUGGAAAUUGAGCCAAACGUAUCGUCUUUUGAAUUUCCAGGAGACAAAAUGUUACAGAAUGAAAACUCAGAAAAGAAUGUAGAAAACCAAGAGGAUGCAAGAGGAGCACUCCAGUUCACUACCUUAAAGCAGGGGAAGAGCCCCUACAAGCGCAGCUGUGACGAAGGGGAAUCCCACUCCCAAACAAAGAAAAAAAAAAUUGACCUCAUCUUCAAAGAUGUCUUGGAGGCUUCUUUGGAGUCUGCCAAGUUUGAAGACAACCAGUUAACAACAAGUACACCACUUCCCCUCAGAAGAGCAUCUAAAUACCAGGCUGAAGACAUCUUUGAGCAGUGUGGCAGUGCCAUGCAGCACGGCUCCCUGAGCCUCAGCAGAAACCAGAGGGAGAGCGAAUGGAGGGUCCCUCACAGUUCCUCUUUUAUCUCAGCCAAGGAGAUGAGCAUCCUUGAAGAUGAGGAAGAAGAGCCCCUGUCACUUAAAGCAGACAGCCCCACUGAGCUGUCACUGGCCUCUGCACAAGGCAAUUCCCAUGAAAUCCCCACCACGUCCUUCUGCCCCAACUGCAUCCGGCUGAAGAAGAAAAUCCGGGAGCUGCAGGCUGAGUUAGACAUGCUGAGAUCUGGGAAGUUACCCGAGGCACCCGUGUUACCGCCCCAGGUACCCGAGCUCCAAGAGUUCUCAGACCCCACAGCUUCAGAAAGUAUCAUCUCAGUUCCCACCAUCAUGGAGGACGAUGACCAAGAGGUGGAUUCUGCUGAUGAAUCAGUUUCCAAUGAUAUGAUUGCUGCUACAGAUGAGCCUUCUAAGAUGUCUUCUGCAACAGGACGGAGGAUACGGCGGUUCAAGCAAGAGUGGCUUAAAAAGUUUUGGUUUCUGCGGUACUCCCCGACACUGAAUGAGAUGUGGUGCCACGUCUGUAGGCAGUACACAGUGCAAUCUUCUCGGACUUCAGCCUUCAUCAUUGGCUCUAAGCAGUUCAAGAUACACACGAUAAAGCUUCACAGCCAGAGCAACCUCCACAAGAAGUGCCUGCAGCUUUACAAGCUCAGGAUGCACCCAGAGAAGACAGAAGAGAUGUGCCGAAAUAUGACCCUGCUCUUCAACACAGCCUACCACCUGGCCCUGGAGGGCAGGCCCUACUACGACUUUCGGCCUCUGGCAGAACUACUGAGAAAGUGUGAACUGAAGGUGGUGGAUCAGUACAUGAAUGAGGGAGACUGCCAGAUCUUAAUUCACCAUAUUGCCCGCGCUCUCCGAGAGGACCUGGUUGAGCGCAUCCGGCAGUCUCCCUUCCUCAGCAUCAUUCUGGAUGGGCAGAGCGACGACUUGCUUGCAGAUACAGUUGCAGUCUAUGUGCAGUACACCAGCAGCGAUGGGCCUCCAGCAACUGAAUUCCUGUCUCUUCAGGAGCUCGGCUUUUCUACAACAGACAGUUACCUUCAAGCAUUAGAUCGGGCUUUUUCCAGCCUGGGAAUACGAUUGCAGGAUGAGAAGCCAACUAUCGGCUUGGGAGUUGAUGGUGCUAACAUUACCGCCAGCCUGAGAGCCAACUUGUUCAUGACAAUCAGAAAGACCUUGCCCUGGCUUCUCUGUCUUCCCUUUAUGGUGCAUAGGCCCCACUUGGAAAUUUUGGAUGCCAUUAGUGGGAAGGAACUACCAUGUCUGGAGGAGCUAGAAAACAAUUUGAAGCAACUGCUCAGUUUCUAUCGUUAUUCUCCCCGACUCAUGUGCGAGUUAAGGGUUACUGCUGCCACUCUGUGUGAGGAGACUGAGUUCCUGGGGGACAUUCGAGCAGUGAAGUGGAUCAUUGGGGAGCAGAACGUGCUCAACGCUCUCAUCAAGGAUUACCUUGAGGUUGUGGCCCAUCUCAAAGAUGUCAGUGGCCAAACCCAAAGGGCAGAUGCUUCUGCCAUUGCCUUGGCCCUCCUGCAGUUCCUGAUGGACUACCAGUCGAUUAAGCUCAUCUACUUCCUGCUGGAUGUGAUCGCUGUGCUUUCACGCCUUGCCUACGUCUUCCAAGGGGAGUACCUUCUUGUGUCACAGGUGGAUGAUAAAAUAGAGGAGGCCAUCCAGGAGAUCAGCCGGCUAGCAGACUCCCCUGGGGAGUACUUGCAGGAGUUUGAGGAAAACUUCCGUGAAAGCUUUAAUGGCAUUGCUGUGAAAAAUCUACGGGUGGCUGAAGCCAAAUUCCAGUCGAUCAGAGAAAAGAUCUGCCAGAAGACCCAGGUGAUCCUAGCCCAAAGGUUUGAUUCCCGCAGCCGGACAUUUGUGAAGGCCUGUCAGGUAUUUGACCUUGCAGCUUGGCCCAGAAGCACUGAUGAGCUCAUGAGCUAUGGGAAGGAGGAUAUGGUACAAAUAUUUGAACAUCUGGAGACAGUCCCAUCAUUUUCCAGAGAAGUUUGCCGAGAAGGGAUGGACACUCGAGGGAGUCUGCUGAUGGAGUGGCGGGAACUCAAGGUGGAUUAUUAUACCAAAAAUGGUUUUAAAGAUUUGCUCAGUCACAUUUGUAAAUACAAACAGAGAUUUCCCCUCCUAAAUAAAAUAGUCCAGAUCCUCAAAGUCCUUCCCACCUCUUCAGCCUGCUGUGAGAAGGGGCGCACCGCCCUGCAGAGGGUGCGCAAGAACAACCGCUCCCGGCUGACGCUGGAGCAGCUCAGUGACCUGUUGACGAUUGCUGUUAACGGGCCGCCCAUUGCCAACUUCGAUUGCAAAAGGGCUCUCGAUAGCUGGUUCGAGGAGAAGUCAGGCAACAGUUACGCGCUCUCGGCCGAAAUGCUGAGCAGGAUGUCAUCUCUUGACCAGAAGCCGAUGUUGCAGAGCAUGGACCACGGCUCUGAGUUUUACCCUGAUAUUUAGGAAGGAAUGCCUCAGAUCAGAUAAUUUUUUUAAUCUAUACUCUAAACUUUGAUAUAUUAUAUAAAAUAUAUAUAUUAUCUAUAUUAAGGAAAAACCCACACUGAAAAUUUAAGACGAUGUGCGUCUGAUAGAAGCUAAGCAGAAUUUUAAAGAUUGAGACAAUGUUUAGACAUUUACUGGUGUCUCCAACCAUGGCAGCUGCAAUGUAGGUGGCAACAUUUCAUUCUUUAGAAGCAUGUGCUGGGGCCAUACUCUACAUGUUCAAACCUAACAACCUAUAAGCUAGACAACGGGUCUUUGUCAGCCUCAUCCUCCCAGCAGUUUCCUUUGUAU